AUGGGUGAAACGGUAAGACCCGUUUCACCCGACGACGACUCCAGGCACUCAAAUACAUACAGCUCAUUGCAAUCCUCGGUUCAGUACGACUCGGACUUAUCUCCCAUAGUAAGUCCAUGUUGUAUUGAUAUAAUAUGGACUUACUUACUUGGGAGAAAAAGUUCCGGGGAUACUAGCAGCGAGGUCUCUGAAAUUGACAACAACAUCGAUCAAGGGCCUCAAACCAUGCCUAUGACAAACUCAACGGUAACAUCUGACGAUAUCAGACCAUCGGAUACUACCCAAACACCUACGGUAGAGAAUCGCAGACAUUACGAAAACAUCGACUUCGACAAAAUAAGUCUUGCACCUAUACAAACGCCGCCCAUACCAUCAACAUCUAGGAGGCGGGGCUUACUGAGCAGCUUAUGUUGCUUCUCUUCGUCAACUCAAUCAAAUGAGAGCGCAAUUGAAAUGACGAGCAGACGGGGAAGUCGGUCACAUGUCUGUCCUUGCAAAUGUAAAUGCAAGUGUAAUGCAUCAUCUCUCGAUAAUUGCUUAGAGAGUAAAUUUGCUGAUUCAGUAAAACAACUAAGUCAAAGACACUGGUGUAAAUUAACUGACCUUAAGAUACCAUUCCCCGUCAUCUAUUCGAUUUCAAAAAAUUUACUAGCUCCAUUAUCUUCUGCAAAAAUUUGUGUGAGACUAUCCGACUUUCCUGUUUUUAGACAGCCUUAUGUAACUCAAGCUUUUCUCCUGCAAUACGUCACCAGGUUCCCUGGAUUUCUCAGCCUACAUCCAAGUGUCGACAUUGGCAACGUGGUUUACGUUGAAUACCGCAGCGACGAGCAGGUCAGGAACGCUGUUUUCGGCCUGAACGAUUUGCCCGUUACCGAUGACCAUGUAUUUAAAGCUUCCUAUAUUUCCAUAGACCGCACUGUUGAAGCACUAAUAUAA